UCUUGUCAUAUUUCCAUUUAAAACAAGAGAAACCCAGAAGAAGCAAACAAAGAAGAAAACCAAAACCUUCAGUUUUCUUCAUGAUCUUAAAUCUUUUUUCUUCUUUUUCCUAUAAAUUUCUCUUGAACUUUCUCUUUGAAAAUGGCUGCUUCAACUGGUACUGGGAGGCAGAUGGUGAUGAAGAUUUUCAAGUGGCUGCAUGAGCUGAAGCCAGUUUUAUUAAUGGUGUUGGCUCAGUUUUCUUUUGCUGGUGUUAAUGUCUUCUACAAAUUGGCCACCUAUGAUGGCAUGAGCUUGAGAGUCAUUGUUGCUUACAGAUUCAUUUUUGCUACUGUCUUCUUGACUCCUCUUGCUCUCAUAUUUGAAAGAAAGAACAGGCCUAAGCUUACAUGGACAAUCCUGUUUCAAGCAUUUCUCUGUGGUUUCUUUGGAGGAUCAUUGUCUCAAAACUUUUACUUUGAGAGUCUGGUAUUAACAUCUGCAACAUUUGCUACUGCCAUGGCUAAUCUUAUACCAGCCAUUACUUUCAUCUUGGCUGCUUCUUUUAGGUUGGAGAAGAUGGGGAUAUCAACACUAGCAGGAAAAGCAAAGGUGGUGGGAACACUAAUGGGCAUAGGAGGAGCAAUGCUAUUAACAUUUUACAAAGGAAGAGAGAUUCACAUCUGGUCAACACAUAUCAACCUGAUGAAGCUUGUAACACCACAUGGAGGACACGUGACAGCAUCAGAUGGCACCAGAGUAUUGGGGUGUAUAUUUGCCAUGGGAAAUUGCAUCUCAUUUUCUCUGUGGUUAAUAAUUCAAGCAAAAAUGAGUCAGAAAUUUCCAUGCCCAUACUCAAGCACAGCACUCAUGUCUUUCAUGGCAGCUCUCCAAUCUGUUGUUUAUGCCUUCUGCUUUGAGAAAGAUUGGAAUCAAUGGAAAUUGGGCUGGAACAUAAGGCUGUACACUGCUGCCUAUGCGGGAAUAAUAGUGCAUGGGAUGAUGAUAACUUUGAUGAUAUGGUGUGUGAGGAUCAAGGGUCCAUUAUUCACUACAAUUUUUUACCCUCUUAUGCUUGUGUUUACUGCCUUCUUCGGAUCUCUUCUUCUUGACGAGAAUUUACACCUCGGAAGCAUAAUAGGAUCAACGUUCAUCGUGUGCGGAUUAUAUGCAGUGUUGUGGGGUAAAGAUGCGGAGAUAAAGAAAAUAUCUCAACUCAUUCCAUUGAAAAGCUCUAGAGAAAAUGAAACUAGUAAGAAUGAUAAUGCUAAAAAUUUAUCAUCUGGAGAAGAAGAGAAGAUAGAGGCAAGAGAGGUAUAGUCUCUCAACAAGCUCCAACAUACUCGGUAGAGAUGGUAGCAGUUUACUCUUCUGAAUUUGUUUGUUGUGUUUUCAUUUUGCUUUAUAUGCAUAACAACUGACCUUUUCCGAGUUGAAUCAAAUUUUAGCACAAAAAUUUACCA